AUUUUAUUGAAUCCAAAGAUGAGGAAAACAACUCAAAAUCUGAAUCUAAAAGUGAUAGUUAUGACAAUAAGAAUAUUUUGAAUAAAAUUUCUAUAAUGUUGAAAGAUUCAUUAAUUAAAACUGAAUUAAAUGUUGAAAUUAGUCAAUUAGGACAAACGAAUAUUAUUCAAUAUAAAAUUGAUACUGAAAUUGAGAAACCU